GACAGGGGGAUUGCAGGCCCCCUCCCUUGGACAAGCGCAUUCAUCUUCGUCUUCUCGGUCCUUCUUUGGAGCUUGCAAACCAGUCAAAACUCAAAAACCAGAAACUGACGUGUUCAUCCUUCUCCCUUUCCAUUCCCGCAACAAUCAAUAACAAAAAUUAAAAUUUUUCUUGCUAAUAACUUGAUCUUUUAGCAGUGAUCUUCUAUGUAUUUGGCUUUUACAACGGAAAUGAUUGACAGAGGAUGACAAGGCUGAAGAUAGAGGAGAAAUGAGGUGAACUCUAGAGGUCUAGAAAUAUUCUCCAAGAGCUGGAUUCCUGAGGCUGCUCGUUCGAAAGCAGUUGUCUGUUACUGUCAUGGAUAUGCUGAAACUUGCACAUUUACAUUUGAAGGCAUGUAUAGCUCUCAUGGGAUUUACGGUUGACCCAUUUGGUGAUGGGAACUAGAUUAAUGGCAUUGAGUUUUGCAAGAAUUGAAAAGAAGUUGGGAUCAUCUGGAUAUGCAGUUUUCACAAGGGAUUAUCUGGAGUUUGGCCUCUCAGAAGGCCUUCGUUGCAAUAUUCCGAGCUUUGGUAGCCUCGUCAAUUAUGUUGAUGAACACUUCUCCAUUGUCAAAGUUCUGGUUUUUGUGGUUUUGCAACAACAAUGGCCUUCGCUUCUUGCUUCGGUAGUCCUCGAUUGCCCCUUGAGAUUGACCACAAGAGGCAAGCUAUAAGUCAUUGCCACAUUGUUGGAGUGAAUCAAAGCUUGUAUUUCAAAGGCAUAACCAAAGAACUUUUUGGCUGUCGAGUUGCAAGAGUGGGAACUGAGGCAUGCAGUGACUGGAGUUUUAUCAGAGGAUCUAAACUGCUCAUUAAGCCGAGAGUUAAAAGCUUUGUUCGCCAUGGAAUGGGCACUGGAAUCAUUGCUUCAUGGUUUUCAAGCUCUCAACUUGCUAGCAGUGCUUUUACCAUUGGAACAACUGCUGUUCUCCCAUUCUACACUCUCAUGGUUGUGGCUCCUAAAGCUGAAUUUACCAGAAAGUUUAUGGAAAGCACCAUACCGUAUGUUGUGCUUGGACUUAUGUAUGGAUAUCUUCUAUACCUCUCUUGGACGCCUGAUACUAUACGGUGGAUUUUCGCAAGCAAAUACUUGCUGCCAGAGCUGCCUGGUAUUGCAAAGAUGUUCUCGAGCCAGAUGACAUUAGCUUCUGCGUGGAUUCACUUAUUGGCUGUAGAUCUCUUUGCUGCAAGGCAAGUCUUUCAUGACGGACUGGAAAAUGAAAUUGAGACGCGGCAUUCAAUCUCUCUUUGCCUUCUUUCCUGUCCUAUUGGAAUCCUUACCCAUGUUCUCACUAAGGCACUCACAAAGGGUGUUGGAAAUACUAAGCAUGGCAUGUGAUAGCGUCUUAUUCAAAAAAAUUGACAGUGAAUUCAUAAGUAGCACUGAUUUGAAUGGAAAUGUAUUCAAAAUUUCAAAUGGAUUAUCAUAAUUUGAGCUAUUGGUGUCAUCAAUGCAUUAUGCCUGCUUGUUUUCGCUUCUUUGUAUAAAA